AUGUCGUUCCCAACAGAUAUCUCGUCCAACGGUCCCAGUAGCGAUUUUCAAGAAACUUCGGAUAAGAUGCGAGAUGAUUUCAACAGCGCAGUAGACAACCAACAGAGGACGAUUGCGAUCGGGGUCGGAGUCGGAGUCGGCGUGUUCGUUCUCUUCGUCGCCAUAGCCAUGUUUUUGUUUUGGCGACACAGCAAGAAGCGCAAACAGCGACUGAAUGAAAAUGCGAAGCGGAUAAAUGAACAGACGCAGUUCGCCGGGCAACCGAAUCCUUACCAUGCAAAUGGACAUCCGGCAUAUGGACAGCAAGCAUGGGCACCCAAGGCUGAGAUGGACGGACAAGGCAGGUCUGGCCAGUACCAAGAAAUGAACGCGCACACGGCAAAUUCGCCUUACCAGAGCGGUCAGGUGGUGGAAGCAGAGGCAAAACCGGAUGCGCAGGAGAUGCCUGCGGGCUACAGGCAAUAG